UAAAGGAACACAUGCGUCCUUUGCUUUCCCCUUCUCUCUAUUUCAGAGAUCUAAGCUUUUUCCAUGGCCAAUACAGAUCUUCCUUACCAUACAUAUACCACCAACCUUUCAUCUGAAUCCUUACUUUUAUAGUUUUCCAGUGUACAAUAUUUAUUAAUUUUCUGUGCAUAUAUACAUAUUUUAUAUUAUUUUUGAGGUAGAAGAAAAGUAAAAGGAUCGGAGGAAUUGAAGAAGAUUAUGUCUGUGAGUGUUGUGAAGAAGGGUGAGCUGGACGGCUCUUCACGUGGGCCGCCCUACGUGCAUGGGUUUCCCUACAUCUCAGUGGUGGAGGCACCGCCGGAGAUUCUCCAGGGCGAUCGGAGAUUCUUGUUGGGUGAUCAGAAAAAGGCGGUUUUCGGAGAUGUUAAUGAGGAGAAGAAGAGAGAAAAAAUGGACGGUGUGGAUGAUUCAUGCAGCUCUUCCACAUCUUCUAUUGGGAAAAACAGUGAUUUAUCUGAGGGAUCUUUGGAGGAGAAAUCAGAUGAUACGGAAGAGGUUCAGAGCCCUUUAAAACCUCCUUCCUUCCAUUCCAUUCACCCACUCGAGGAAGCUUUGCCAAUAAGGCGAGGCAUAUCAAGAUUCUACAAUGGCAGAUCAAAGUCAUUCACAACUCUCCGCGAGGCGUCAUCCUCUUCAUCAAUCAAAGAGCUUGCGAAACCCGAGAACGCCUACAUAAGAAAACGCAGAAACCUACUGGCUUGUGCUCUUUACCUGGAGAACAAUGGCAAUGGCAAGGCCAAGAGCUCCCCAUUCAGAUAUCAUGGUGGUGGUGGGAUAUCGAAGAAAGGAGCAAACUUUAGCAAAACGUCGUUGGCUUUGGCCACAGCCAUGACCUGCUCCUCUGCCAGCAGUAACGAUGAAACUAUUCUAAGAUCUUCCCCGGCUAUAUCUCGCCUUAACCCGCUGUUUAAAGGGUGCCAAGGUAACGCGCUGCCAUCAUCACCGUAUUCUGUUCAGCGGAGCUUGGCUUGGAGAUCCUUCUCGUUAGCAGAUCUGCAACAGUGUCAACAUGUUUCGGUCAGUACCGGCUCUAAAGGAGCUGUAAAUCAGUUACAGAUGAAUCAACCUUCGUGACAAUUAGGCUCGCCACUUUUGAUGCAAAUGAGCGGAAUGUAAUGGAGAGUGCUUUGUAAAAGAGACAAGAAAGCUCGUAAAAGGAUAUUAGACACCAUGUUGAAAUGAAAUCACUCAAAUCAGUAGAAAGUAUAAACUAGUAAAGGCUUUUGAUCAUUCUUCUCUAAUUUAUUAUGUAGGACAUGA